AUGCAUUCCCAACCUUCUGUCCACCAGAGCGACUCACGCGGGCCUGUCCACCACGGUAAAAACGCUUCUAAGAAGUUCCAAGAAGAUCACCAGGCGUCUUCACACACGUACGAAGAAGCCGAGGCGGUGAAACGUUACGCGACUGCAGACCGCACAUAUCCAGGAGGAGCAGGACGCGGCCGCCAUGCUCUCUGUAGCUUUAUACUCUCCCACCGCAACUACAUUGUGGCCGGGAUUGCUCUGAUACUAAGUCUUGUUGCGGUGGGAGUCGCUCCUCUGACGUUCAUCAAUAAGAAGGAAAUUUCUCGCCUGUCCACCACUGUUGACGCCUUAAAGAGCAACCAAGAUCACAUGCGUCAACUGUCCACCAUCGUGGAAGCCUUGAAGCGUGACCAAGACGACAUGCGUCAACUGCCUACCACGACUGACACCUUGAAAUGUGACCAAGACGACAUUGACCAACUUUCGACCACCGUCGACGCCCUGAAACGCGACCAAGAAGACAUGCGCCAACUGUUCACCACUGUUGACACCAUGAAGCACGCCCUGGACACUGAGCGAAAUCGAACCGUUGCCUUGGAGAAACGACUUCACGAGAUAAGCAAGACUAUAAUACCUUGUACUGAAGGUUACGCAGUAUGGCGUGGAAUCUGCUACAAGCUCUUCAACACAAAGAAGACCUUCGGCGGAGCGGCCGCGGCCUGUCGUGAAGACGGCGGCACUCUCGCCAUGCCCCGUGACGCCGAGACCAACGCCUUUCUGCUCUUCUUGUACAAGUCCGUGGGCGACAAGAAUUGCUACUGGUUCGGCCUGCACGAUCGGAGGGAAGAGGGAAGCUUUGAGUGGAUGGAUGGUACUGCGCUUGGGGAUUACAACCACUGGGCUCCAGGAGAACCAAACAACAAUGGAGGGAACGAAGAUUGCGUCCAUUACUGCUCAUACAAAUCCUGGGAGGACAAAUGGAACGACGAACCAUGCGGCAGGCCUUAUCGCUUCAUAUGCCAGGCUGUUCCAGUAUAUUAUCUUUUGAAUCUAAGUUUAUUAUUAUUAUGGGGAGCGAACGUAACGUACGCAUACAGACUGAUGCAGAAUCUUCUACAGAACUACAGCGUGGCGGUGCGACCAUCCAUGAACCUCUCCAAUCCCAUCCAGGUCAAGUUCGGCAUCGCCUUGUCACAGAUCAUAGACAUGGAUGAGAGGAAUCAGAUACUAACGGCGUACGUGUGGCUCAGAAUGCGUUGGAACGACUGCAGCCUGAAGUGGAACCCAGCUGAGUAUGACGGUCUGGCUGAACUGAGGAUCCCUUCUACCCACGUCUGGAAACCUGACAUCGUCUUGUACAACAAUGCGGAUGACCAGUUCACGAGCCGUAUGGAGACGAACGUUGUCCUGAGCCACACGGGGGACAUCUACUGGGACUCCCCGGCAAUCACCAAGAGCUCCUGCGAGGUGGACGUCUCCUACUUCCCGUUCGACUACCAGAACUGCCGCGUCACCUUCGGCUCAUGGACAUACACAAUUAAGCAGUUGGAGGUUGUGGCUGAGUCCGAGGAAGGAGAUUUGCAGGAUUACAUCCCUAACGUGGAGUGGGAUGUGCUGGGCAUGCCGGCAUUCCGGAAUCUCGUCUUCUAUGGAUGUUGUCCGGAUCCUUUUCCGGAUGUGACGUACAGUCUCAAGCUUCAGAGAAAAUCGCUGUUCUACAUCAUCAACCUGAUCGUCCCGUGCGUGCUGAUCUCCCUCCUGGCACCCUUCAGCUUCUACCUGCCGGCAAACUCCGGAGAGAAGGUGUCCCUCGGGGUCACCGUACUUCUGGCGCUCACUGUGUUCCAGCUUCUAGUGGCCGAGUCCAUGCCGCCUUCGGAGAACAUUCCUCUCAUAGGUAAAUACUACAUCGUGACCAUGACGUUGAUGUCCCUAUCGACUGCAAUGACCAUCUUCGUCAUGAACGUGCACCACUGCGGCCCUGACCGCCGCCCCGUCCCGAGAUGGAUCCGCCGCUUCUUCCUGGACACCAUCGCACCGAUCCUGGUCGGGGAAGCCGGCGGGCGGAAGGGCAGCGUGAGCCCGAGCGGCACCAGCGACACCCCGGUGGACAUCACCGCCGAGGACACCGUCCAAACCGUCAUGGAAGAAUGCGAGCUCCGAAACCAGAAGGGGCACAUGUCGAACGGGGUGGUCGCUCCUGCCAUGGCACGCAAUCUUCCCCGCCUCAGCUUUACCGGCUUCGACACCUGCAAGAGUUCUUUCCUCUCUGACGACGUCCUCCGAUCAAGAAACCUGGCCACUGACCCAACUAAUAAUGCUUUCAACGUACUGCAGCACAAGUCCGAACUGUCCAAUAUUGCUAAGAAUGUGGAGUGUGUGGCUAACUACGUACAGGGCCGAGCACAGGAGUGGGAAAUACAGGGAGACUGGGCUAAGGUUGCCAAGGUGAUAGAUCGUAUCUUCAUGUGUAUCUUUAUCUUUGUGGGUGCCAUCAUCAGUAUACUGAUACUCACUAAGGUUAUUUAGAUACCCCAUAUCCCAAAGUAUGUAACUCAAUGUUGCAUUCGUGGUUACACCAAGCACACCUGGCUCCCAUCAAUUUAUCUACAUAAUGUAGUGUAGAAUGGGUCUGCUAGCUGAUCGCCCCUGUAAAAGACCGUUGUCGUUGUGGGAGGCCAGUUUGCGUUGGCCAUCCAAGCUGCUUUGUAAGCGCCAACGAUUUGUUGGCAAAAUGCCAGACAUCCAUGUUACUACUAGUACUCUAGAUGCAAAAUUAACAUCACAAGAGGGCAUGUCAUUGCAUUGAUCGUAUCGAACAUCGAGGCAUAGUUUAUCCAAGGAGGUUAAAAACCUCUUUGGUUUAUCAACGUUUCCCUGCUGCCUCCUUGCAGUAUCUGUCUAAACUGCAAUACAGGCUUAUCAAAGUAGGAAGCACCAACUGCAGCCUCGUUUUGGUGCAUGACCUGAUGGAUGACCUUGGGAAAUUCAAAAUGGCCGCCGCAAUAUUGGCCAAAGGUCUAUUAUCUAUU